AUGACGACCCUUCAAACCGUCCCGACUUCUUUUGUGUCCAUCAAUGGACUGAGGAUCGCUUAUAGGCGUUUCGGAGCAGGCAGUCCAUUGCCUUUGGUCUAUGUCAACCAUCUUCGUGGUAGCAUGGAUACACUCGAUCCGCUUCUGUUUAAUAGCAUUGCCAAAGGCCGUGAAGUCAUUGUCUACGACAGUGCUGGCAUCGGACACAGCGAGGGAACUGUGCCGGAUUCCAUUUCUGAGAUGGCCGACGUGGUUGUCAACCUGCUCGCCACGCUUGAUAUUCCAAAGGCCGAUUUCAUCGGCUUCUCCAUGGGCGGUGGCAUUGUACAGUACCUCGGAUAUACGUACCCUCAACUUGUCAACAAACUGAUCCUGGCCGGCACUCAACCUGGAAUCGGUGAAGGUGUGACUUUGCCCCCGCGGGAGGUACUGGAAAGUGCUGGAGCAAACAUAGAGGAGCCACCAACCGAGGAUGGUAUGAUGUACCUUUUCUUCAACUCCUCCGAGACCAGCCUUUCCCUCGGUCAUGCAUGGUGGAAGCGAAUCCACGAGCGAAACAUUGAAGGUGAACCGCGGAAGGCAUAUCUUACCGGAACCGGGACUCAGUCGCAGCUUGCUGCGAUCUUCAAAUUCACCACUGAUACUCGCAACUUCGAUCUUUUGGCAGAAAUCAAGGCCCCGGUUCUUGUCACCAACGGCCAUACAGACAUUAUGUCGCCCACUGCAAACAGUUUCGUGUUGCAGCAGAAGCUCCCCAAUGCCCAGCUGCAUCUUUACGCUGACGCAGGGCACGGGCAUCUCUUCCAGGUGCCUGAGCUUUACGGGAAGCAGAUUGAGCUGUUUUUGAAUAACUGA